UACAGAAGACAUUUGCCUUGGAAUUGCAAAAGAUCUAUAUCCUAACCUCCAAUGGAAUAGUCAUCCUUGGAUCAUGUAGGCAAUUAUGACCUAGGAAAAUAAAUCCAUCGCCAUUUUUUUGAUCUCAUUCUAAUCCUAUUUGUGGAUAUGAAUCGCACAAAUGGAUGGCUCCCUUAUAAGCAUUUUACUCAGAAACCCCUAGGGGGAUUUGAUUCGAGAUUCUUUUUUCUCUGAAGAGGAAUACCAACUCGCGGAUUUUGAAAUUUGUCAAAAUAACAUUAUUGUUGUCCCAUUGGACCAAAUUCAUUUUUCCAUCGGAAAUAAUUUGACACUUAACCCUUACUUCUCGAGAAAAUGAAUGCUUAUCCUUCAGAGGUAGGAUUUUAUAAUGUCCCUGUAACCCGGCUUCGUCCUCCCAAUUCGGCUACAUCAGCCGCUUGUCCGAGCCCGGUGGUGUGUAGCUGUCUAGUUAAGCAUGGGCACCAACGUUGAAGAAUAUCAAUAUACAAAAAAGAUGUUUUCUUUUUCAGUUUUUUCUGAAUCAGGUGCCAAGCAGCAACUUUAGUGCAUGAAAUUUUCAUGAGUUAAAUUUCUCAAUGAAAUUAAGCAGGUAAUUGGCAGUAAAAUAAGUAAAAAGUAAAAUAGUUUUUUCAACUAAACCACCUGUUCAUUUAUUACCUUAGAGACCCCUUUUAACAUUAAAAAUAUUGUUGAAAUUGCUGUCUUUUCUAGUAUGUAAAACAGUCGCAAAAGUUUUCUAAAAUUCCAACGUUUCGAUCUUUUAUUUACAUACUCCUCAUGAAGAGAUAAUUCUCCUUAAAAAAUCGAAACGUUGUCAUUUUGACAAAGCUUUUGGAUAGUUUUAUUUUGAGUCUUCAACCCGCAACACCAUUCGAAAUUUAAAAGUAUUUCUAAUAACCAAAACUCAAAUUAUUAUAUUCCUAAAAAACUUUGAGUUGUCCUGCAACCUUAGUUUCGACUGGUUAAAUAAUUAUGAAAAAUGUUACUUAUCGACUGUACUAUAUAUAACAAUCUAGCAACAACCUUGGAAAUACCUCGUAUGUGUUCCAGUUUAAUAAACAACAGUCGGUGGAGUAGAAUCAUCGCGAUUAUCUCCCAAACAUCGUCGAUAAUAUUAAUUUUUAUUGAAAACGAAAAAAAAAAGAAGAGAAGAAUUGGUUAAUUUGCGCAGUCGCAAGUGAUAAGAGCGUGUGAGAUCAGCUGUAAAUUUCGCUCUUUCAUUGUUUUCGUCGUCGUCGUUGUUUACCGCACUGUGAUCUAGUAGUUAUAAUUUUUUGCGCCAUCUGCUCGAUUCAUAUCUCGAUUCAAGGAAAAUUAUUGUACAUAACAAAAUGAACAGUUUCGUUUUUGAUUUCGGCGCGAUUGUCCGAUUGGCGACAGAAUUGAAAUAUGAGCGAAGGAGUUAGCCCUUGGAAGAUCAACCAACAUGAUCUCGGAUUGACUACUUUGAAAGAUAGAAGAGAAAAAAUUACGAAAGCCGGAAAAUAUUCCGAUCGGUAUAAAGACGCUUUUUCUCAUGAAGUGCCCGACGAAGAAAAAUUCUCUUUGAGUGUAAAGUGUCGCGAUACGAUGGAACUAUAUCGAAAGUUAGCGAAAGGUGGAAGAUCGGACGAGUCUUCCCCGACGGCUUGUUCGAAAUUUACAACCGAAAAAAUGAAAUUGGCUGUAGGUAAAAAAGGUAGUAACGCUACCAAUGACUUGAAUAAACAAGAAAACGCCCUUAUAGCGUUCAAAUUAGUACCGGAAGGUACUCACAAACCAAGCAGUCCCUUAGCUCUCUCUCAGAAAGGGAAUACCAAUAAAACUAGAAAAAGUGUUAAUAUUUAUAGUGUAAAUACGGCUGUGCCUCCACCUAGUCCAAAAUUAAUCGGAUCACCACCCGGAUUUCCACCAAAACAAGCUUCGCCAGUUGCUCUAAGUACCAUUUUAAACGGAAACAACAAUACAUUAGAUAGUACUCUAUCCCAUUUACAGAACGUAGAAAACAUCAUCAGCAAAUUGGACGAACACGAAAAAAAAGAAAAUAAUCUAAAGAAAUUUGAAGAAUUGAUUAAAAAAUUCAAUCCCAAAGCAACGGUUACCACUAAAGCUAAAAUAGCCCCUGUCGAAUUAACUCCAAAACCUUUAGAAGUAUCCGGCGAACUUCUCAAAUCCCAAGAACACAUAUUGAGUCCCAUCAAACAUUUUAGCGAAGUCGAAGAUUUACCUGGUAAAGGACUAAAAGAAGAAGACGAACAACCGCAAAAUUUUAACAGAGAUGUUAAAGAAAGAAAAAGUAUGGAUACCAAAGAAAAUAAACCGAAAGUUAGUAAACAACCUUUGAGUAGGACAGCUUCUGAUGCCCAGGAAAAACCCGUUAAUAAUAUGAAAAGACAGCCUAGGCUUUCUAGGGAACGCACUUCACGCAAAACCAAUGACAGUACAGUGGAAUCGACGCGCAGCAGUUCUGCGUCGAUGCGGAACAGAUCGAGAGUUGGAGAAGAACCGACCAUCGGCAAAUACAAAUUACUCAAAACUAUCGGCAAAGGUAAUUUCGCCAAAGUCAAAUUGGCCAAGCACGUGCCGACGGGAAAAGAGGUGGCAAUCAAGAUCAUCGAUAAAACUCAGCUGACACCUGGUUCACUCCAAAAACUAUUUAGAGAAGUAAGAAUAAUGAAAAUGUUAGACCAUCCGAAUAUAGUGAAACUAUUUCAAGUUAUCGAAACCGAAAAAACUUUGUACCUGGUUAUGGAAUACGCUUCAGGUGGUGAAGUAUUCGAUUAUCUCGUCCUGCACGGCAGGAUGAAGGAGAAAGAAGCUCGUGCUAAGUUUAGGCAAAUCGUCUCUGCAGUACAAUACUGCCAUCAAAAAAGAAUUAUACACAGAGAUUUAAAGGCUGAAAACUUAUUGUUGGAUAGUGAAAUGAAUAUAAAAAUUGCCGAUUUCGGUUUCUCUAACGAAUUUACACCUGGAAAUAAAUUAGAUACUUUUUGCGGGAGUCCACCGUAUGCAGCCCCCGAACUUUUUCAAGGUAAAAAAUACGACGGUCCUGAAGUGGACGUUUGGUCGUUAGGCGUUAUCCUUUACACGCUCGUAUCCGGUAGUCUACCUUUCGACGGAUCGACGUUGAGAGAACUAAGAGAACGAGUUCUAAGAGGAAAAUAUCGAAUCCCUUUUUACAUGAGUACCGAUUGCGAGAAUCUUUUGAAGAAAUUCCUGGUGCUGAAUCCGGCCAAAAGAGCCAGUUUGGAAACCAUCAUGAAGGACAAGUGGAUGAACCAGGGAUACGAGAACGACGAAUUAAAACCUUACGUCGAACCGGAACAAGACAUGAGCGAUCCAAAAAGGAUAGAAGCUUUAGUGUGUUUAGGUUUCAAUAGGUACGACGUAGAAAAUUCGUUAGAUUCGCAAAAAUACGACGACGCUUUCGCGACGUAUUUGCUAUUAGGAAGAAAAAGUACAGACCCGGAAAGUGAUGGUAGUCGAAGCGGUAGCAGUUUAUCUUUGCGCAAUAUGACCGGACAACAACAGGCUGCGCCCCAACCAGCUAUACAAAGUCCUCAACAUAGAGGCGUGCAUCGCUCUAUUUCUGCGACGCACGCUAAACCAAAUAGGCGAGCAUCCAGUGGCGCGACAGGGCCCGGUUUGGCACUUUUACCAGAUCUCGCGCUCCAAUUACAUAAAAAAAGUGAAACAUUAAGAACAGGCGCUCAACCCCAAGUACCUGCCGCUCAAAUUAACAAUCAACAAUCGUCCGGUUUUAAACGACAAAAUACCGUCGACAGUGCUACCAUUAAAGAAAAUAGCGCAAGACUAAACGCAAGACCUGCCAGUGCUCAACCCAAAACUACGACGGAAAACAGUAUACAAGCUCCGACUAAAGCUCGAACAGUAUUUAAUAAGAACCAAGCAUUAUCUUUAGGAACUACUGUCGGUCGAAGAUCCACGAUCAGUUACGAUGGCAAAUCGGACAGUACGGAAAAAACAAAUAUGGCCGCCGAUACACCGGGACCUGAUGCUAUCGGCGCCGGAGAUACUUUAAGGCCUGGAAAGGGCCACGUGAAAUCGGCAUCGGUCAGUAGCAGCGGCCCUGAGCCAGCUACUGACCCUUUACGCACUAGUAGUCGCACAACUGCUUCACCAGCAGUCACCAGGCAACAGGCCUUCCCCAGGAACACUUCAUCGAGGAGCACUUUCCAUUCUGGUCAAACCCGGCCUAGGGCAACGUACGCCCAAGGAUCACCCGGUGAUUCUCCCCAUACCAGACCCUCGUUUUUUUCAAAAUUCAGUCUCAAGGGUUUCACGAAAAGGAGGAGAGAGAUUUCGGGGGACGUACCACCGCACCAAGAAGUUCCUCCUCCAGAGUAAGCAUCAUGACUCCAAGGCCAAGUCUUCCAAGAAUCAGGUAGUUGAAUACUCGAUCGGAGUCAAGAAGGUUUGGAUGAUAAUAAUAUUUGGAUUACAGAGGAACGAAGAGCUUAAAAAAGUGAUAUUAAACUAGUUUUAUUUUUAUUCAUGCACUUAUUGGCGUAUUUAAUCGUUUCUAAAACACUUUUAGAUACAUUUCUUAUGAUUCUAUUUCUCAUAUUUUAAAAUAAUUGUAUCAAAAUGGAUAAAAAUGACUGUCCGAACACAUUUACUUACAUCGUUAUUACUUUUUACCUGUUUAUCAUAUUUGAUUGAGUGUACUCUUACUUUAUCGAACGUUUUCAAUACUUACAAUAUCAGAACAAAAUUAUUUUACAUCUCAAAGCGAUUCUAUGUCUCCUAAAUAUACUUACCACAAAAAAACUGACUAAACAAUGUUUUAUAAACCUAUAAUUUCUCAUGCACAGAAAACUGUCUAUAUUUAGUACCAAUGAGAAGGUAGGUAUUCCAUUUCAAGUUACCUCAACCAUUUUGGUGUUGAUUAAAUACAUAAUUUCUCUGGUAUUAUUCUUCUAAUAAAAACCAAUGGUGAUCUGGUACCAUAUCUAAUAGUAACCCUCACUAUAACGCCAACAUUAUGAUGUACAUAUCAAAUUGUCAAUCCUGUUAUCCUUCACGUCACCUUUUCUCUGUUGCGCGGCCAUUUUUAACUCCUGAUAUAGAAAAAAUUCAUUGUAGGUAAUACCCUGUCGGGCUGUGGGAAUAUCAAUCAACCAAUAAUCUUUCUGUGCUCUUAAAACCAUCAAUUUAUGAUUUCCUGAGUUCUACGAUGACCAAAGUGACUGGUUCUACGAUCUAAGACUUCUUGAUUCCACGCCCAUAGAUAAUGUAGUUUAGUGGAAAAAGAUAUGUUGAUGUUAUCGGAAACCUAACCUAACCAGGCGAAUCUUACACACUCUAGGCAUUUUACUUGCCAAAAAAAAGGUUUAUAACAAAAAUCACUACUUGGCUAGCUUAGAACUCACUAAAAUAUCUAUUCUAGUGAAGGGUCAUCUAUAUUUUAUUCAAGAUCUAUAGGGCGUUUAUGUGGGAUUCUAAUAAAGGGUUUAUUGGAGGAUGUCCCUCUAGUAGAUAAUGAUAUUUGCUGCUAUGCUUCUGGAUUUCUUCUGUGAAGUACGGUACGCCAAGGUGUUUAUGGAGAGUAUCAUAUGAUAAGUGCUUCACCAUUGCACAAAGUAUUUUCUAUUGAGAACUCUGAAAGGAGGUGGACGGUACUUGAUUUACUGCAACAACCCCAAAGUUCUAUACCUUAAUCCCAUGAAUUAAUAUCUUGUUGACCAUAGUUAAUUUGGAUUUUCUACCUAGUAACUUUGAAGCUCAAAUCACUUUUUGACUAUGUGCUUUUUCCAGUUUAGGUUUGAAUCCAAGAUAACGGAAUGAACGUGUUGCUAGUAUUUUUACAUGAUUCAUAUUGACUGUUGGACAUUUAUUCUUUCCCAAAUUCGAUGUUAUCUCUGCUUUCAAUCCUCCAAGAGGUUUAAAUGGUAUUUGAUGAACUAUCACAGUUGCUGGAUCUUUGUGACUAGAUAAAAUCACUGUAUCAUCUACAGUAUUUGCAGUCGUAUGAAGACGUAGUGAAUAAAACAAUAGCCCCCAGAACACUGUGGUACUCCAGACUAUAUCAGGAAGACUUCUCCUUUGAUUCCGGUAUCAAAAUAUUUGCUUGUUAAGUGAAAUUUGAAUAAUUUGAAGUAAAUGGGGGGUAAUGUUUUAUUUUGAAAUGAAGGCUUUUUUUUCAUAUGUGGUUGAAAACUGCAUGUUACGUACAAUUUUUGAUCCAAUUUUGCACUUACGAAAUUGUCCGGAAAAUUAUACGGAAACAAUUUUGUUUUAUCAAUUUUCUACUCCUCAGUAGUUGGAUUUUUAGAUCACUAUUACCAUAUUAGGAUUUUGAAAACACUGUAUAACAAUAUAUUAUAUAUAAAGGAAGAACAGUUUAAAUGUUUUUUAUCCAUAUAUUAUUAACUUUUCGAAAUAAAGGGUGUCCUUAAGAUCAUUUUGUACAACUCUUCUUAAAUAUAUAUAUCAACAACUUUCCAUUUUAUUAUUAUUUUUAUCAGUUGAAAUACAUAGCAGAAACUUUUUGACUAAGAAAUUUCGAAGAAAAAUUAUAUAAUUUCUCAACACCCAGUAUUUAAAAAAGUAUAUAAAUUGACGACCAUUCUAUUAAUAAACAACUUGUAAAAUCUGGUAAUCGAAAUAUGUGAUUUUGUUUAGAUUUUUAUAGUCUGAUUCGUUUUCCUAGAGAAAACAAAUUUUGACGUUCACAAAUGUAAAACUACUGAAAUAUUUGAGAAAAAAUCUAAUUCAUUUAUUAUUUUUCUCAUACUUGUGUAUCAUUUGUAAAUGUUUUUACCACGAAAACAAAAUUUUAUAAUAAACACCACAAAUCAUAACCUCACAUUAUAUUUGUAUUUAGUCCCUUAUUUUCAAUUUUGUAAUGAGUAUGUGACAAAUUAGAACAACAACAAAUUUUUUAAUGCAUUUUUAUCCAAUAGUUAUUAAAACCUCGACGAAAAUAUUUUUUUUAUUUCAUUUUGCUAGUUAGUAUCUAAUCCAUUAUGCCAGAGAACAGACAAUAUCGCAUUAAAAUUGAAAAAUACCAGACCUAACCUCAACUACUUUCAAUUUUGUUAUCAACAUCUUAUGGUUCCAUUUUCCUCAGACUCGAUCGAAGAUAUUUAAGACACAUUUAACAAAAUAAUUAAAAAAAUCUCAAAUUUUGUGAAUCGUAAUCCCUUUUCAGAGAAGCUCUUUUAAAAUUAGUGAUAAUUUAAUGCCAUAUUGUCCGUUAAUAUUAGUGCAAUGAUUUUAGAAAAAUGUUUACUCUAAGCUUAAAUUUGUAAGUAUGGGAUCUCAAGUUAUGAUUUGAAAUUUACUUUUUAUACAUUUUAACGUUCAUGUUCUGUCAAACAAAAAUGUCAAUUAGAAAAUAAUCAAUGUUGAAUACUAGUUCCACUUCAAUCUCUAUUUUCUUGACAUGGAGCUUUAAAUUGCUUAAUCAAAAUAUUGCUACAGCAUCUUGGCUACCACUAACAAAAUAUAUUUCUCUUUUGUGUGGUUGUUAACCCCCAAAAUUAAAAUAACACCAACAAAAAUCAUAAAACAUAAGAUUUCGCUGCAGAAAAUGAAGAAGUAAAAAUGCUUCAAUUGGCCAAGGAAAGUGACUAGAUUUCCAUCUAUAAAUGCAACUUGUAUACUAAACUAAAGUAUGAAUCUUGCUCCAUGUUAAGUGACCUUUAGAAACGUCUAAAUUUUCAAAAUAACUGGCUCUAAGACCUUGGUUUUCUUUAGCUUACGCCUGUUAACACUGCAGGAUAGUGGAUCAAAAUUUAUUGAUUUCAAUGGGAAUUUUCCCUUCCUGUCUCAAUAAAACUGUAACCAAACUAAUGCAUGAAUCUUGCUCCAUGUUAAGCGACCUUUGGAUGCGUUCUAAUUUUCAAAUAUUAUUUCGGUUUUACCUAUAUUUAUUAAUUUCCUAAACAAACAUUACUCGGUUAGUUUUUGUUCAUAAGGUCAAUUUGCAUUGCACCGAUGGGGGCUACCAGGGCUGCAUUUUCCACUAGAGGUGAAUUUCUCCAAAAUGGCAUAUCAGAUGUUUGGGAGAAGGUUUCAAGAAUAAAAAGGUUUUCGAUACAUAUCUCUAUGAAUCACUGCUCACUACUGCCUUAAGAAAAUAAAUGAUUUAUAUGUAAAUUCAGUUGCUAUGUACUUAAUAACAAGUUUUAACCUUACUUUUCCGUGGCAUAAAAACCGUAGCCCUCAUUGUUUUCAGUGGUACAAAUAUUGAUACCUUGUUAUAAGAUAUGGACUAGUGUUCAAUAUUAACACGACAUGCUAUUUAUUUCAUAUCUGUACAGGUUGUCUCAAAUAAGUUCCUUUUCAUUAUAUCAUUUACAACUAUUUUUUUGUUAAUUUACGGAAAAAUAAUGAAAAAUUGAGAUAACCUGCACUUGUAAUCUAAGACCAAAGUAUUAAUAACAUUUUCUUUAGUUUAUUAUUGUAUAUUCGACUGUUGAAUUAUGUAUAUGAAUUUAUAAGGUUAAUAUAAAUAGUAUCAAUAACUUAGUAGCUCUUAUUUCUGUCGUUACUUUAUGCUAUGUGUUUUUUUUAACAAAAAAUAGUAAUAAUAACCACAAAUAUGUCUGAAAAGUUUCAGGAUUCAGUCAUAGUACGCUGGGCUAUUUGACUCUGUUAUAAGCAUUAUUCAAAUCUCUAAACUAAACACUUAAUCUUUAUAGACCAACAUUUUUGCAUUAAACUAUGUUCUAGAUGUCACUAGUGUUACAACUUUUUCGAUUUUUGCUUCACACUAAGUCAACAUUUAACAAAAAAGCUCAAACGGUUUAGUUUUAUUUUUAGGAUUGGUUAUAUAGAAUUGAGGGGAUUUAAAUUUAACAUUUAGACAGUCGAUUUUUUUCAAUUUCUACCGAGGAAGAUAUUUGAAAAGUAUGUGAAACAUUAGAAUCGAUUAAUCGAAGUAUCGAUAUCUCAGACUAAAUAAAUCAAUAUUUUGUAUUGAAUUGAUUCAGUGAAUAGAUAUUACACCCUUGAAAAUCGUCUCAUUCGAUUUUUUUCUGUUUUGGUGAAAAUUAUUUACAAUUAGCUGAAUGUACUCGUGAUAUUACUGUUGCUGGUUAAAGGGUUAAUUACUCAAAAACUCGAGCUUAGUUUCCUCAAGGCUUAAACGAAGAAUUUGAACAUUAUUUAUCACAAGCAGUUGUACUACCAAAGUAUGAUCCUAUACUUUACUGGCAAGAACAAAAAAAUCAUCUGUUCCUUGUGAGAAAGUUUUAAAAUAGGUGAAACCAAGGAACUAUCUAUUGAAACUCGUACAUUAAUCACAAAUCUUCAUAAUUUAAACAUAAGUAACCUACCAGGAGCUUGAGCGAUAGAGAACGUUCCCAAAACGGUUUUGAAAAACCACAUCCGCUGAAGAUGAAUGUUUUGAAAUGUUCAGUACACGAUCAGCGAGUCACGCACCCAUAGAUAGCGGUUCAUAUCAAUAGAUCUAUGGAUGUACUUCUAUAGUCAAAAAGAUAGUCUUUCUGGAAUGGUAGCAGUGAAGAAACCUCUUUUAAGACGUUAAAAUGACAUUGUGGUGGGCUAAAAAACAUAAUUGGUCGCAUGAAAACAUGGGAGAAUGUUUAAUGGAGUUAUAAGUCAAAGUUUGAGGUAGUUUGGUCUAAGAAAAGAGGUGAAAGGAAGAAGAUCCAUGUGUAAUCCCCACUGAAAGAUGUUUUGGAAGAAAGGCGACUGGAGACCUAGUAAAAAUUGAAGGGAUUUUGAAGGAAAACUGCUAUAAAAAGAUAUUAAAGAUAUAGUACGUUUAGAUCAGUUUCUGAUUGGCAGAAAAUUCAUCUUCCAAUACAACAACGACACCAAUCAUUCCGUGAAGCUGUGCAAAGAGUAUUUAAAAGAAUUGGAAAGAAAUAAUGUACUAAAAGUAAUAAUUUGGUUGUUACUUGAGUCCGAUUCAGUUGUGGGAUAAAUUGGACAGGGAAGUCAGAAAGCAGUGUCCUACUUCCACUUCAUAUCUUUGGAAUAUCCUGGAAAACGGAUGGAUCCAUAGACGAUUAUUUGAAAAAAUUGUUACAGGGAAUGUCAAAAUUUCAAAAUCGAUCAUAUUGUUUUUUGUAUGCUGCGCAUCACGCAAACCUGUGGAGGAAAGGAUUGGUUUUUAUGAAGUCUUGGUAUUCGAAUAUAUGACUAGGAGUAAAAAAAUACUAAUAAUAAAUAAUAAAUCUCUCAUAUAUAAACAAUAAUAUUAUUAUUAAAUUAUGCAUUUUGACAACUGCUUCUAAUUCCCUCUUAGUAGAUAGUUUGCUCUUAAUUUUUCUUUUACCACACACGCAAUGCUCUGUUUAUAUUAUAAAUAAAUUUUUUGCUUAACUGCGUUAGAAAGUGGGAAUAAUAACACCUGCACAUUGGAUUCAAGAGGGCUUGAAAAAUAUU